UGUAAGUUGCGAAACAACCGCCCCCUCGUUGAAGAAUCCAUAAUCGGAGCCAGAAAAGGUGGCGAAACUCUCCAGUUGGCGGCUCUUCGUCGGAAACUUUAGAUGAAUGGGGAUUUUGACUUCGAGGAGUGAGUUGCAAUGGAAGUAUAAUUAACAAAAGAAUAGUUUGCAGCAGCAUUGUGAUUCUCUUUAAGCCUGAGGCUAUAUUUCUUCCAUGAAUUCUCUUUCCUUGCAUUCUUCUCUUGGCCCCUCACUUACUUCAAAGCCUCUGCCAUGCUCUCUUAAGAGGCCUCUACCUAUUUGUACAUUAUGUGGCUCUCAUCGCAGUGCUCGGAUAUUUUCCCGUUCGGUUUCAUUGUAUCCUUCAUUACAUGUCAGCAAACCGGUCACCUGUGCUUCAACUCCUUCAAAUGAGGGAGUAGUAUCUGUGAUCAAUUUUGAAGACUUAGUUGAGAAGGAUUUUUCGUUUCUCGAUUCAGACGAUUUUAGUUCCAGUGAAGAGUAUGAUCAAAAGAUUAGGCGCAUUAUUUCUGCUGGGGAGGUUGCAGAAAGUUCUCAGGUUAUGGUUUCCAUUCCUUCAGAAGGAUUUGUUGAUCAGUUGUUUGACUCAGCUCCUUGCCGAAGUUUACUUGUCCUCCAUGAUUCUAUUCUAACGUUAGCUUGUAUCAAAGAAAAAUAUGACAAAGUUAAGUGCUGGCAAGGAGAAGUUAUAUAUGUACCAGAAAAGUGGGGGCCUUUCGAUGUUGUGUUUCUCUAUUAUCUGCCUGCAAUGCCUUUCGAACUCGACGCGAUUUUUGGAGAACUCUCAAAACGUUGUGUACCAGGUGCAAGACUAGUUAUUAGCCAUCCCAAUGGAAAGACAGCAUUAGAGGAAGAACAGCAACAGUUCCCAGAUGUCGUAGUUUCGGGUUUACCUGAUAAGAUGACUUUGCAGAAAGUUGCUGCAGAUCACUCUCUUGACCUGACUGAAUUUGUAGAUGAUAAUGGCUUUUAUCUUGCAGUUUUGAAGUUCCACAAGGAUAGAAGCUAAGCCUGAAUAUUUCAUCAGAGGCUAGUGGUUCCAUGUCUAUUUCCUGCUGUAAAAUCUCCGUGGUUUGGAUAAACAAAAUUUAGUUGUUUUAUUGUGUUUUUUCCCUUUUUAUUUCUCAUUGAUCACSAAGAGUACCAUGGCAAGGUAGUUUCAAAUGAUCAAGUUUGACAUUCUCCGAUCCUUGUUGGUUGCUUACAUUUCCAUCCAACAAGAUUGAUACAGUACAUACUAAUUCAUGAAA